AUGCUUGCCAGAGCAGCCGUCGAAGAGCAGACGCAGGCUGCAGAGCAGAACCAGAGAGUAGCGCUUGGCAGCGUCGUCAUUGAAAGCACAGAACGUUUCCCCGAACCACAGAAAGACUUCUGGGAGGGCGAGCAGUGGGAGUUUGUCGGCAAGCUUGCGAUCACAUUUGUGCCCCUCUUGAUCGCGGCUGGCGUGGGGGUGGGAAUCUUUGCUGCAGCAACGUACAACGAGGGCGUUGAGGGAUUUGUCAAGCCGGCGUCUGAGUCAGCUCCUGCUGAGAUUGUGCCAGCCCAGCCAACUGCAGCUGCUGCACAGCAGGGCAGCACUCUGGAAGCCCCGCCGGUCUCGGCUGAUGCCGAGUCCUGA